AUGCAAGCUAACCAAACCCUCUAUGGCUUAAAGCAAGCGCCAAGGGAAUGGUAUCACAAACUAGCAAGUGGGUUGGCAAAGAUUGGCUUUCAACCAACAAAAUCAGAUGUCUCUGUGUUCUUGAGGAAUUCAAAUGGUAUAAAAACUUUUGUGUUGGUGUAUGUCGACGACAUCAUCAUCACUGGUGAGUCUGAACAGCAUAUAAGACGGUUCAUUGACAAACUGAAUGCCAAAUUUUCACUUAAAGACUUGGGUGAUCUUCACUAUUUCUUGGGUGUCCAAGUAGCCAAAACAAAAACUGGGGGUUUGAUUCUAUCACAGCAAAAGUAUAUUGGGAAGGUGCUGAAGAAAGCAGACAUGGCAGGGUGCACAAUCUGCCAUACACCCUUACCCUUGACUGUAAAGCUGUUAGCUUUUGGGGGCUCAAGCUUUAGUGAUCCUUAA